UCCAGGCAGACUUUCAUUUCUUCAUAUUGACGUUCCAUACUGGGAGGGAUCAGCACACAAAGGAAACUGAAAUUCGCCAGGUUUUGCCCAUUCUAAAUGAAAGAAAUGGAAGAAAAGUCUCCCAAGUACAUAGGAAUAAAAAGACAAACCAGCAGCAAAAUAAAUUCCUGCACUACCGAGGCACCGAAUAAGAGUAAAGCCUCUGGGAUCACAACUGGAAACUCGACAGCAAGCAGGAAAAACAGUGCAAAAGGAGAGGCUUGCAAAGCUUCUGUGAGCAAAAGCGGAAAAGCUACAGAAGGUACGAGUAGCAAUAGGACACCAGACAAGGCUGGGAAUGAAACUGCAAAAACAAAAUUAAAAGACACAAAAGGCAAAAGCAAAAUGAAGGCACCAGACAAUGAAUCAGCAGUCUCACCCAUGAAAGCUACAGAAGGCAAGGAAAUGGAUGGGGCAAAAGAUGAAGCUAGCCAAAAACCUGUGAAAGCAAUUACAAAACCUAGUGCUGGCAUCAAAAGAAAUGGGGCAUCAGACAAAGCUGACAAAAAACCUGUGGGCACAGUUGAAAAUGCUGCAACAUGUAUACAAAAUAACGGGGCCUUGGAUAAGCAGGAUAGAACAGGUGAAGGAAAUAAGGCAUUAGAUAAAGCUUACGUAGAACCUGAGAUGACAGUUAGAAAACUUUCAACGGAUGGAGAAAAUAAGGCAUUGCAGAAAGCUGAUGUAGAACCUUUAAUCAAAGGUAAAAAAGCUAUAAAUAUGGCGAAUAAAGCUAAUGCAGAACCUGGGAGCGAAAAUGAUGACAAGCUUACUAAACAUCUGAACCGUACACUUAAGAUGCAGAAAUUGAAAAUGGAUGAGAUCUCAAAAGCAGCAGAACAGGUGAAAAAACUGGUUAAAGAUUUAGAUAAAUUCAUCAAAUCAUCUAAAGAUCCUGCAUUCGAAGGUAUGGAGAUACUGAACACUGGAAGCUACUAUGAAAAAGUUAAGAUCUCAAAGCCAAACGAAUUUGACAUCAUGCUGAAAAUACCAUGUGGAAGACUUCGCAUUUCAGAGUCAGACGCCAGUGGCAGUUUCUACACACUAACAAUAAACAGAAAUCCAAAGCAUCCUUUAACAAACUAUGUUGAAAAUGGAAAGAUUUCUGGCCAACAAAUGCUAGAUCGAUUAAGAGAGCUAAUCAAGAGUAAACUCAGCAGAUUAGGAACGGGCAUUAAUGUUGAGAGAAGAAACGCAGCGAGUCCCGCUGUUACCAUUAAGAUUGGUGAGAUAUCGGUCGAUCUUGUUCUUGCAUUGGAAGUGGAGGGUUCUUGGCCUUCAAGCACAUCAGAAGGAAUGAAGAUUGAAACAUGGCUGGGAGCAAAAGUAAAAAGAGAUUACAAAUUUGAACCAAUGUAUUUUGUAGCAAAACAACUGAAAAACACAGAGGAAAUACUAUGGCGCAUUUCAUUUUCACACAUUGAGAAAGAAAUUCUGAAGAACCAUGGCAAUGCAAAAACAUGCUGUGAGACUGAAGGUGUCAAAUGCUGCAGGAAACAAUGUCUUAAGCUGAUGAAGUACCUUUUGGAACAGUUAAAAAGUAAAGGAAACCGAAAUAUGACACACUUCUGCUCAUACCAUGCCAAGACAGCCCUGCUGCACUCCUGUACACUCUACCCAAAAGAUGACGAUUGGAGACCUAAGGAUCUGGCUGCAUGCUUUGACCGCUACAUUGAGGACUUUAUGAAAUGCUUAAAGGAUGCACGCCUCCCAAAUUUCUUUAUACCAUCCUUAAAUUUGUUUAGUGAAGAACUGAUUCCUAAAAAAUGUCUUGAUUACUUGCUUCGUAAACUUGAUAAACAAAAAAAACUGCAAUAUACACUAUUUGAUCAAUAAUUUAAUAUUUAGGGACACUGUUAAUAUACAUAGUUUCCUGAAGAUGAAAAAACUGUAGAAACUGCAGAUCUUGUAUAUUAGUGCUAAAGAAACAACUGUUAUCCCAAAAUGUUGCUACUUUGUUGAAUAUGACAUAAAGGAAAUCUAUUCCCCCAAACAAUGUAUGGUUGUAAAACCCUGCUUUAUCUAAAUAAAGCAUUUUCAUAAAAAUAUA